GGAUGUUCUCGACUUUUUUUGAUGGGGAUAGGAAAGGAACACAGAGGGGAAUUAUUAAACUUUCCGGCUCUAGGCGAAGGCGUAUUUUCUCUCUAAUUUUUAAUCCUGAUUUUUUUAUUCUGACAUUUAUUUUGGAAGAGUCAAACACCCUCAGAACCACACUAACUGAAGCUUUGUGAGAUAUUAUUGUAGGGGAACCCCUUGCUAUGAGAAAGAUAACCUCUUGUGUGUUUACGUUUGUUCUAAAGUAUAAAAACUUUUCUUAAAUAGGGUAAUGUACUAUCUAAGACCCUGUGGCCGUAGAUCCCGAAAUCAAUUGGGUAACUGUUCGCAUAUAAAUAUCCCAAUAUGUCCGUCCCUAUAUGUCCGUAGCCUCCCUAACAUUGUUCUGUAUAUAUCAGGUGUGGGACGGGGCACUCAAACCUAAAAUCCAACUCACGUUUUCUCUCAAUCCGUUCUUUGGUAUUUAUCAAAUAUUUUUUUAACAUUUUUUAUAAUCUCCCAAUCUUUUAACUCUCCAAUCCUGUUUUUUCUGGCCUUUUAUUUUAUUAAAUCUGUAGGCGUCGACUUAAUUGAAAGCUUUUUUCC